AUGACAGCAAGAAGAGAAGGCACCGUCAUUCCAGAAAACGCGGCCGUAGUCGACCUCACAGAAUCUCCCGGCCUCGCCGCCCUGUUACAAGCAGCGAAUGACGUUGCACAUAUCGAUCUAUCAAACGAAUCAACAGAAGCGUCACCACAGCUCCUACGGCAUCCACCGCCAGAACCGCCGUCGAAUAAGUUGUCACAUAUCAAAUGCGUGAUCUGUUUGGAGUCGCCGACUGAUCUCGCUGCAACGCCGUGUGGGCAUUUGUUCUGCGAUUUGUGUAUUCGGUCAGCGAUUCAGACGACGGCAGGGAGUGGGGGGAAGUGUCCGGUAUGCAGGAGAAAGUUGACGGUGAAGCAGAUCAUACCACUCGAGAUCAAGCUUGGUCGGACGUGA